CGCCAUCAGUUCGCGCCUGGUCCGCCUGCCCCUUCGUGUCAUCAGCGGGCGCCCGCCUCCCGCCCCGACGCACCAUGGCCGGGGUUGGUUUCGAGGAAUUCUCGGCACCGCCGGGCUCGGAGCUGGCGCUUCCGCCGCUCUUCGGAGGCAACAUCCUGGAGAGCGAGCUGGAGACCGAGGUGGAGUUCGUGGACGGUGGCCUGAGCGGGGACGCGCUGCCCGAGGACGAGGAGGAGGAGGCACUGCAGCGGCAGCGGCAGCUGGGCAGGUCCAGAUCAAAGGGCAGCUGAAGGCCUCAUGCAUGCCUGUGUCCUUGGCUCCAGGUCAACGAGAGAGUGUUGAACAGACUCCACCAUGUGCAGAAGAUAACACGGCGCCUCAAGCAGGAGAGGAGGUUCCUCAUGAAAAUCCUGGAUUCUUAUGGAGAUGACUACAGACAGAGCCAGCUCACCAUCGUCCUCGAGGAUGAAGGCAGCCACAGCACAGAUGUGCCAACCCCUGGAAACACAGAGAAUGAGCCUCCUGAAAAAGAGACCCUCCAGCGAUUUCCCGGCCCCCCACCUACUGGCUUGGAGCCUGAAAGCCCCUCACCUGCAGAGGCCCCCAGCGGGAAGAAGCGGCGGCGACAUGGCCGUGAGGACAAGGAGCAAAGGGGCCGGCGGACAGCCCCCUCCCUCCUCACCAUGGAUGACUUUCCUGUCCAGGUCAAAGCAGAGGAUGACUUUCCAUGCAGCCAAGAUGAUGUCCUUGCCCCCAGCUGGAACCAGCCCAGCCCUCCCAACAAAAUGCUUCACUAUCCCAAGUUCUCCAGCCCUGGGGGCUGCUCUGAUUUUGACUGAGUCUUCCUGGAAGUGACUAGACUGUUGGCAUCACCCUGUGGAGGACUAAAGGAGGGUUAGUGCAUGGAGCUGGCAUCCCUUCCUACAAGCCUGGAUAUUAACUCCUCCUGUACCAGUAACUCUGCUUUGAUUGAGAGUUAAGGGAUAGGAAGUGAGCAACAGACUGUGCAGCCAGCUGGGAGAAGGUGGGGACAGCUCAUAGAUCAGUCACUACCUGGACUCAGAGAUUCUGACCCUGCAGUUACUUCAGGCAUAGAAGCCUGUGGCAGAAGGUGGUGGUGUCUGUUCAAUCCCAGUACAAUAAAGAGAUGCUAUGACUGGACAAUGGCUUAAAAGCAUGU